AUGAGGUCGCAUCUCUGGACAGUCGCUUUGCUAUUCCUUUCUUCAACCCCUUCAUUUGCGUAUCCGCAAUAUAUACCCGAAGGCGAACUUGUUGUGCGCGAUGCAAAUGCGAAUGCGAAUGCCGAAGCCGAAGGCGAACUUGUUGUGCGCGAUGCAAAUGCGAAUGCGAAUGCCGAAGCUGAAGCCGAAGCAGAAGCCGAAGCAGAUUUUACCUGGUAUUCGCGCCAAAACGAAGAGCGCGAUCUAUUUAAGCGUAAAGGAGGAGGAGGUGGUGGUGGAAGAGGCGGUGGCGGGGGUUCGAGCAGUGGGGGAAAAGGCGGAGGUUCAUCUUCAAGGUAUGCAAAUGGAGGUUCUUUCAAUUCUAGACUUGAGACGGAUGUGGGAAAUGGGGCAAGGGAAAGUGGUGCUGGGGAUGGAAAUGGAAUUAUCAUUUCUUUGAUUAAGAGGAAACUUAGGGGUGCUUUCAGAGCACUUUCUUAUGGGAGUGGCAAUGGAGCUAGCUCUAACUCUGAAAAAAGCAGUUCUUCUUCUUCCGGUGGCAAAGGAGGAGUCACUUCAUCGUCUUCUUCGACGGGUGGCGCCACAAGAGCUGGGUCUGGUCCGGCUCCUGCUUAUGGUGGUGGGAGAUAUUACGGCGGAGGAGCAACCACACCCUAUUCAUCAGGGAGGAGCUCACCUCUAGGAAUCGCCCCCCUCUUCCUCGGCGUCGGUCUUCUCUCCAUCUACCCCGGUCUCUGGCUCUAUGGCGCCUACAGCUAUCCAUACCACAACCCAUAUUCAUUCCGCAACCACUCUGCCACCAAUGGCACCAACACAACAGCAGCCGUUGAAACACGUCAGGAAUCCGAUACCACAGGUGUUGAACAGACGCGACCGGUGACAUGUCUCUGUGCUGCGUACUCGGAGUGCGGAUGUGAUGAUAAUGGGAAUAGUACGUUUAUCGCUGAGCUAAUUGGGGAUGGAAACUAUGCGGCGUUGAAUAAAUCGCUGGUUAAUGUUGCGGAUGUUAAUGGGACCACGACGAUCUUGAUUAAUGGCACGUUACCGAAUGGGACGACGGCAAGUGGGGGAACGGAUUCCGCGGCUAGGAAGACGAUUGCUGAGGGGUUGGGGUGGUGGGUUAUGAUUGCGGUGGUUUUUGCUACUUGUUUUGCUAUCUAA